ACUUAAAAUCAGGUAAUAUUUUAUCAGUACUCAAUAUGAGUUCGCUCGGUGAUAUACAAGACAGUAGAACGAUCAUAAAACAUGGAACUACUGAACCAAAGUGAAAUAGAAUCAAUAGUCAAACAUAACGGAUCUUCGACUGUUGUAAAAUGGUAUACAGAAGAUUAUUCAGACAAACUAGUAGGAUAUCUCGGAGAUCAUCUUCGUUUGGUCAUAACCUUAAAUUCAAAUGGAAUCGAAAAAGAUUUGAAACUUUUUAUAAAAUGUAUACCAAGGCAUAACAAAUGGAAAGCUAAAUAUAUCCAAGAGUUGAUGUUUUUUCAAAAGGAAUAUAUUAUGCUGAGCAAACUAUUCAAUAAUUUCAAAGAUGGAGAAGGAUCGAGGAAAUGGCGGCCGAAACUGUUGUACAUUAGGAAUGAUUUAUUCGUGUUCGAAGAUGUAACCGAGUUCGGUUACCAAAUGCCGUACCAUCGGAGCACGAUGAAUUACGAUCAACUGGUAUCUGUAAUAAACGCGAUGGCAAAAUUUCACGCACAGUCAAUAAUAUACGAAGAAAGGAAAUCCAAAGAAUUGAAUAGAAAAUAUAGUAUUUGGGAGGAUUUUAGCGAAUAUCUUAGUGAACCUGAGAAAGGUCAGUCUUGGCGUGACGCCGGAGCCAGAGCAGUCGUUGAUUUUCUAAAAACUUACUCAAAAUAUAGAGCACAGACCGAUUAUAUGAAAUACGUAGAAGUGGUCAUACCGAUGUUAUUCGAUUGCGCUACAAACUUAAUGAAGCCUAGAUCUGAGAGCCGUAAUGUAAUAAUACAUCGUGAUCUUUGGUCGAAUAAUAUUUUCUUUAAGAAACUCGACAAUGGAGAAAUCCAUUCAUUGAUUGUUGACUAUCAAACCGUACUGUACUGUUCUCCUAUGCUCGAUCUGUCGUCUUUUAUUUAUUUUAAUACUACUAGAAGUUUUAGGGAUCAACAUACUGAUCAAUUGAUUGAUUUAUAUUAUUCUAUGUUAACUGAUGAAUUACGAUUCGAAGGUAUUGAUGUUUUGAAUAUUGUUGAUAAGAAAACUUUAGUAAAAUCGUAUCAGCAAAGUAUAGUGUUUGGUAUUACACAAGCGGCAUUGAUAGUGCCUAUCAUAGCCAUGAGCGAUGAAAUGAGGGAAAUGACGUUUGAGAAUCCAGAAAGUUGUGAGAAAGUGAACGUGGUGUCAAGAAGUGAAGAAUUCAUAUAUUUGGCUAAACUAGACGAAGGAUAUCGUAACCGAGUCAUAGAACUACUAGAUGAAAUAUCUGAUCGAUACAUUUUUCUGUCUACUUGA